CUCCGCCCCACCCGAAAAGAUUGGGGUUUGACUGGAGACGAGUGAGUAUCCUGCCCCGACUCCAGUGGUCCACGACUCCUCCUGUCGUUGCCGGAGUGAUUCCUGGGACUCAGAUGGACCACACGUCCCCAACCUACAUGCUUGCUAACUUAACCCACUUACAUUCAGAACAACUUCUGCAGGGCUUGAAUCUUCUUCGUCAACAUCACGAACUCUGUGACAUCAUUCUUCGAGUCGGUGAUGUUAAAAUCCAUGCUCACAAAGUUGUACUUGCCAGCAUCAGCCCAUAUUUCAAAGCUAUGUUCACUGGAAACCUUUCUGAAAAAGAGAACAGUGAGGUUGAGUUUCAGUGCAUUGAUGAAGCUGCUCUCCAGGCCAUCGUGGAGUAUGCCUAUACAGGAACUGUUUUUAUUUCACAGGACACAGUUGAAUCUCUCCUUCCAGCAGCAAACCUACUCCAGAUAAAACUUGUCCUGAAGGAAUGUUGUGCAUUUCUUGAAAGCCAGCUUGAUCCUGGUAAUUGUAUUGGAAUUUCUCGUUUUGCAGAGACAUAUGGUUGUCAUGACCUUUAUUUGGCAGCUACUAAAUACAUAUGCCAGAAUUUUGAAGCUGUUUGCCAGACUGAAGAGUUUUUUGAGCUUACACAUGCUGAUUUGGAUGAAAUUGUUUCCAAUGACUGUUUGAAUGUAGCUACCGAAGAGACUGUUUUUUAUGCCCUUGAGUCUUGGAUCAAGUAUGAUGUACAAGAACGUCAGAAAUACUUGGCACAGCUACUUAAUAGUGUGAGAUUACCAUUGCUGAGUGUUAAGUUUCUCACUAGACUAUAUGAAGCAAAUCAUCUUAUUCGUGAUGAUCGCACUUGUAAACAUCUUUUGAAUGAAGCCCUAAAAUACCACUUUAUGCCUGAACAUAGACUCUCUCAUCAGACUGUCCUGAUGACACGACCUCGCUGUGCUCCCAAAGUACUUUGUGCCGUAGGAGGAAAAUCUGGACUAUUUGCCUGUUUGGAUAGUGUGGAGAUGUACUUUCCUCAGAAUGACUCUUGGAUUGGUUUGGCACCCCUAAACAUUCCUCGCUAUGAAUUUGGAAUAUGUGUUUUAGACCAAAAAGUGUAUGUUAUAGGUGGUAUUGAAACGAACGUGCGUCCUGGCAUCACUAUCAGAAAACAUGAAAAUUCAGUAGAAUGCUGGAAUCCUGAUACAAAUACCUGGACUUCUCUUGAGAGAAUGAAUGAGAGCCGCAGUACCCUUGGAGUAGUAGUACUUGCAGGAGAACUUUAUGCCUUAGGUGGUUAUGAUGGACAAUCUUAUUUACAAUCUGUAGAGAAGUAUAUUCCUAAAAUAAGAAAAUGGCAACCUGUGGCACCAAUGACUACAACAAGAAGCUGUUUUGCUGCAGCCGUGUUGGAUGGAAUGAUAUAUGCCAUUGGUGGGUAUGGUCCUGCCCACAUGAACAGCGUGGAGCGUUAUGAUCCAAGUAAGGACUCCUGGGAGAUGGUUGCAUCUAUGGCAGAUAAAAGGAUUCACUUUGGUGUGGGUGUCAUGCUAGGCUUUAUUUUUGUGGUGGGUGGACAUAAUGGUGUCUCACAUUUGUCAAGCAUUGAAAGAUAUGACCCUCAUCAAAAUCAGUGGACUGUGUGUAGACCAAUGAAAGAACCCAGAACAGGGGUUGGUGCUGCAGUAAUUGAUAACUACCUUUAUGUAGUUGGUGGUCACUCAGGGUCUUCCUAUCUGAAUACCGUGCAGAAAUACGACCCUAUAUCAGAUACGUGGCUGGAUUCAGCUGGCAUGAUAUACUGUCGCUGCAACUUCGGGUUAACAGCACUUUGACAAGUGUGGACUGGUGGAAGUCGUGUGGUAACGAACCUUGGGCCACAUGAGCAGAUGCCCCACUUUCUGAAAUCCAAAAGCUUAACAUUACUUUCUUUGUAACUUGAAGUGGCAUGACGACUCAAAGUUCUGUUGGGUACUUUGACAAGUAGCUUUGGUUGCUCUUGAUUACACAGUGAAUCAAUAAUCAAAAAAAAAAAA